CCUCCACCACCGCCUCCUCCUCCUGCUGCCGCCUCCUGCCGCCCUCCUCUCCGCCGUCUCUCUACUCGACCCCCUCUCAACUUGUACACUUCUACAGGCGAGGAAGAACAACAACAACAGUAACGAUACACGAAGGAGAGCGACAACGAGCCGAGGAGGAGGAGGAGGGAGAGGGGAUAGAGGCGAGAGGGCGAGAGGACAGCCCCCCCACCCCUUAGGCCUGCGCCGUUCGCACAACGCCGAACAACCACAACACAGCACGCACGUGUUUGCUUAAGCCGCCUCGCCUCGCGUAGCAUUCACAGAAACACACACAGCACACAUCACAGGCGUGUUCAAGGAAGCUUUGGUAAUCGCAAGCAGCAGCAGCAGCAGAAGAAGAGGCGAGAGAUGGCUGUUGUGCAAGACGCGGCGGGACCUCCCCUUGACAGGAGCUGCUGGGUGUGCUUCGCGACGGACGAGGACGACCGCGCCGCCGAGUGGGUGCGGCCGUGCCGGUGCCGCGGCUCCACCAAGUGGGUGCACCAGACGUGCCUGCAGCGCUGGGUGGACGAGAAGCAGAAGGGCAACGGCACGGCGGUGGUGGCGUGCCCACAGUGCAACGCCGAGUACCUCAUCAUGUUCCCCAAGCACGGCCCAGUGGUGUACAUCCUAGACCUGGCCGAUCGCAUGAUCUACAAGGCAUGCCCGUUUGCAGCCGCAGGAAUCAUGGUGGGCUCCAUCUACUGGACGGCCGUCACGUACGGCGCCGUCACGGUCAUGCAGGUAUUGGGCCACAAGGAGGGGCUGGACAUGAUGGAGCGAGCAGACCCCCUCUUCCUGCUCAUUGGGCUGCCGACGAUUCCCAUCAUUCUCAUCCUGGGCAAGAUGAUUCGCUGGGAGGAUUACGUGCUCAAGCUUUGGCGCAAGUACUCCAGCAAGCUCUACAUACUUAACUACAUCUUCCCAGGUGUGUGCGGUCCCGUGCCGCGGAUCCCAGCCGAGACGAGCCCCCUGGCCGACCACGUGUCGGCCACGCGCAUCCUGUGCGGCGCGCUCGUCUUCCCGACCAUCGCCACUGUGGUGGGCAAGCUCAUGUUCAGCCGUGUCAACUCCAACCUGCAGAGAACCAUUCUGGGCGGCAUCGCCUUCGUGGCCAUCAAGGGCGCCUUCAAGGUGUACUUCAAGCAGCAGCAGUACCUCCGGCAGGCUCACCGGCGCAUCCUCAACGCCCCCAAUGAGCAGGACCACCCAUCCCUCCCACAAGCUGCCGGCAACCAGCUCGGGGAAGCACAGUGAAAACACUUUAAAGUCGAUACGUUUGAAAGUAAGAGCGUCUCAAACAAGUUGCUCAGUAUUUUUUUUAACUCUUCCCACCUAUUUACCCUUGAUGAAUGCAACUUUAUUGCCAGGGCCAUGUGAAUUUGCUUAUUGUUUCA